UUGAGAUCAAAAACCCUAAACCCUCCAUACAAAUUCCUCUUUCAGCUUCCUACUCUCUCCCUCUAAUCCCUAAAUCUCCACCCAAAUUCUCUGUCUUGUCUCCAAAGUUCAGCCAUGGCGGAGAUAAAGCUCUCAGAGAUGCGAGACCUAACCCGAAUUGAACGAAUCGGCGCCCACUCCCACAUCCGGGGCCUCGGCCUCGACUCCGCCCUCGAGGCCCGCUCCUCCUCCGAGGGCAUGGUCGGCCAGACUUCAGCCCGGAAAGCCGCUGGCGUCAUCGUCAAAAUGGUCCAGGAAGGCAAAAUCGCCGGCCGCGCAGUCCUCCUCGCCGGGCAGCCCGGGACCGGCAAAACCGCCAUCGCCAUGGGCAUAGCUAAAUCCAUCGGCCAAGAGACCCCCUUCGCUAUGCUCGCAGGGAGCGAACUCUUCUCGCUGGAGAUGUCGAAAACCGAAGCCCUAAUGCAGGCGUUCAGGAAAGCGAUUGGGGUCAGAAUUAAGGAGGAAACCGAGGUGAUUGAGGGCGAGGUUGUGGAGAUACAGAUUGACCGGCCGGCUGUUGCUGGGGCUGCGUCGAAGACGGGGAAACUCACGCUGAAGACUACGGAUAUGGAGACGGUGUAUGAUUUGGGGGCGAAGAUGAUUGAGGCCUUGGGGAAGGAGAAAGUGCAGAGUGGUGAUGUGAUUGGUAUUGACAAGGCCUCGGGGAAGAUUACGAAGCUCGGGAGGUCUUUCUCGAGGUCAAGGGACUAUGAUGCAAUGGGGCCUCACACUAAGUUCGUGCAGUGCCCUGAUGGUGAGCUGCAGAAGAGGAAGGAAGUUGUGCAUUGCGUCACGCUUCAUGAGAUUGAUGUUAUCAACAGCAGAACGCAGGGAUUUCUGGCACUUUUUACGGGUGAUACUGGAGAAAUCCGUGCAGAAGUUAGGGAACAAAUCGACACAAAGGUAGCAGAGUGGAGAGAAGAAGGAAAAGCAGAAAUUAUACCAGGUGUCCUCUUCAUUGAUGAAGUACACAUGCUUGACAUCGAGUGCUUUUCUUUUCUGAACCGCGCAUUGGAGAAUGACAUGGCGCCUAUAUUAGUUGUCGCCACCAACAGAGGGAUCACUUCAAUCAGGGGCACAAACUACAGAUCCCCACAUGGAAUUCCAAUCGAUUUCCUUGACCGCCUGCUCAUCAUCUCCACCCAACCCUAUACAGGAGACGAUAUCCGGAAGAUCUUGGACAUCAGAUGCCAAGAGGAAGAUGUAGAAAUGUCCGAAGAUGCUAAGGUACUACUUACAAAGAUCGGAGAAGACACAUCACUGAGGUAUGCCAUAAACCUCAUCACCUCUGCUGCGUUGUCCUGCUUGAAGAGGAAAGGGAAGGUUGUGGAAAUGGAGGACAUAAGCCGCGUGUAUGAGCUCUUCUACGACGUGAAGAGGUCGACACAAUACUUGAUGGAAUAUCAAAGCCAGUAUAUGUUUAGUGAGGUGGGAACAGGAGAGGGAUAUGAAGACGAAGCUAAUGCAAUGGUCUCAUAAAGAGAGAGUGUGUGUUAGACACAAUGGUAUGUUUAUGUUUGCUGGAAAUAUUAUUUCAGCUUCGGAUAUGUAUUAGCCAUAUGACGAUGCUUCAGUUAUGGAAGCUAAUUAAACUGUUUUUAGUGAAUAUUUGUGGCAGUCCCAGAUAGUUCUGUGCUUGAAAUUUGUAGGUUUGUCUUUUGCCUCAUGUAAUUUAUAAAUUUAACUUAAAAUUUCACUUUAGUUACACCAAAGUUUUAUCUAUUUAAA